AUGGCAUCUUGUCUGAAUAUCUUCCUUUUCUCCUUCCUCUCUAUUCUACUCAUUUCAAAUUCACAGAUAUCUAAUCCCGUUAACGGCGUCGUAUUCCCUGUUACUCGUGACGUACAUACCGGUCAAUACAUCGCACAGAUUCACCUCGGCGACUCUUCGGAGCCCGUUAACCUCGUUGUUGAUCUCUCCGGUUCGCUCCUAUGGUUCGACUGUUCCUCGGGACAUGUUUCCUCUUCUCGGAGUUUUCUCUCCGGUAGCUCUAGCGGCUGCCUCAAGGUUGGGAACGAGCGAGUAUCCUCGCGUAACGCGGAUUGCGAUUUGCUUGUGAGAAACGGCGCCGUUGGUAUCUCCGCGGGAGGUGAGCUCGCAAGAGACGUCUUGUCAUUCGGAUCUGUUUCCUCUCCAGGAACCGUUGAUCUCCUCUUCGCUUGUGCUCCUCCGUCGCUGUUACGUGGGCUCGCUAGUGGGGCUCAAGGAGUAAUGGGCUUAGGAAAGGCCCAGAUCUCUCUUCCCUCGCAACUCGCCGCGGAAACUAACGAACGUCGUCGUUUGACGCUUUACCUGUCGCCGUCUAACGGUGUCGUUUCUACGAGUUCGGUUGAAGAUGUUUUCGGAGUCCCCGCGUCUAGAUCGCUGGUCUACACGCCUUUGUUAAGCGGUUCGAGUGGUAAUUACGUGAUUAACGUGAAAUCAAUCAGAGUCAACGGGGAAAAGCUCUCCGUGGACGGUCCGUUAUCUGCGGAGCUAAGCACGGUGGUCCCUUACACGAUGCUUGAGAGCUCCAUUUACGCAGUGUUUUCAGAAGCCUAUAGUAAAGCUGUAACUAAAACAGUUGCUCCCGUAGCACCGUUCAGUCUCUGCUUCACGUCUUCGAGCGAGGAAGAUUUUCCGGCGGUUGAUCUGUCGUUGCAGAGUGAGAUGGUUAGGUGGAGGAUUCAGGGGAGGAAUCUUGUGGUGGAUGUUGGUGGUGGAGUCCGAUGCUUAGGGAUUGUUGACGGCGGGUCGAACCAGGUCAGCCCGAUUAUAAUGGGUGGGCUACAACUAGAAGGCUUUGUGUUGGACUUUGAUUUGGGUAACUCGAUGUUGGGAUUCGGACAAAGAACGCACUCCACUUCAGAUUCCUUACAACCAGAAGCUUUGUAG